AUGUCUUCAUUCCUUCUUUUGAGCAUGCUGCCCCGAAGUGAUUCUUCGGCAGGCGAACUAGUGCCGCGACUGACCAGCGAUGUGAGACUGGACAUCGACCCACUGCCGUUGGCCCAGCGAAGAGGUCUCAUUGCAGUCGCCAUCAUGGCCUUUCUCUCUUUUAUUGCGACGGCAUCGCUUCUUUCAUUUAUUACAUACCGCCUCAUCUUCUGGCGCUCCAGCUACCAGAGAUACAUUGGUUACAAUCAGUAUAUCAUUCUGAUUUACAACCUCGUCCUGGCAGAUUUCCAACAAUCCCUUGCCUUUCUGAUAUGUUUGAAGUGGAUCGUCUCUGACAAAAUCAAGUCCGGGACCGCGGCUUGCUUCCUGCAAGGUCUCUGGCUGCAGAUCGGAGAUCCGGGCAGUGGCCUAUUCGUGCUUGCUAUUGCCUUCCAUACUUUCUUGCUGGUGGUAUGGGGACGCAAGAUGUCUUAUAAAUUCUUCGUGUCUUUCGUCUGCGGAGUGUGGGCGUUCAUUGCGAUCAUCGUGAUCAUUCCCUUGGCCGCAUAUGGUGCAGAUGUUUUUGUGCCUUCCGGAGCCUGGUGUUGGAUCAGCGAGGAAUACGAAACCGUCCGUCUUUGGACUCAUUACAUCUGGAUCUUUCUCGCCGAAUUCGGUACUGUCUGUUUGUAUGCGGUCAUGUACUUCCAAUUGAGACGUCAGAUUGCAGCAUCGUCAAUUCUUGGCAACAGCCAACUCGAGAGCCUAAAGCGCCUGAGACGUGUGGUCGGAUACAUGACUAUCUACCCUAUCGUCUACAUUGUGCUGUCACUUCCGCUUGCCGCCGGGCGUAUGGCAACGGCAAACGGGAACAGUCCUUCCAUUACAUUCUUCUGCUGUGCUGGUAAGUACAACUCCCUUUGGAUGCUUGACUUCCCUCCCUCAAACAAUCCAGACGAUGUGACUAACCUGGUUGAAGGUGCGAUUAUUACUAGUUCCGGCCUUGUCGAUGUUGUUCUCUAUACCCUCACUCGCCGAAACCUCAUCAUCGAUUCUGAGCCCAGCCAUGAUCGAUCUUAUAACAAAUUUGCUAGCAGCAAAGGGCGACGUGGUGACACUCAUUUGACGACCAUCACUGCCGAGCCCAAGUCUCGUAACAAGCUUGGUAUGAACAACGGAGAUGAUCCCGAUCGUGAUGGGUCGACGGAUAACAUUGUUCAACCGGGCGUCGAGAUGGGUCCUAUGGGCAAGGUAUACCAGGAAACCACCAUUGAGAUUACCACCGAGCCCGCAUAUCCAUCAGAAGGCGCAAGCGAACGAUCCAGCAAAGACGACUUCAAUGAUACCCCAUCCCGAAUGUGGAGACGCUAA